AUGGCUCGUACCAAGCAGACCGCCCGCAAGUCCACCGGAGGCAAGGCCCCGCGCAAGCAGCUCGCCACAAAGGCCGCCCGUAAGUCGGCCCCGGCCACCGGCGGUGUCAAGAAGCCGCACCGUUACCGCCCUGGUACGGUCGCUCUGCGUGAGAUCCGUCGUUACCAGAAGUCGACGGAGCUUCUGAUCCGCAAGCUGCCGUUCCAGCGUCUGGUGCGUGAAAUCGCCCAGGACUUCAAGACCGACCUGCGUUUCCAGGGUUCGGCCGUCCUGGCCCUGCAGGAGGCCGCCGAGGCUUACCUUGUGGGUCUGUUCGAGGACACGAACCUGUGCGCCAUCCACGCCAAGCGUGUCACGAUCAUGCCCAAGGACAUUCAGCUGGCUCGUCGCAUCCGUGGCGAGCGUUCGUAAGUUGUCACUAUCUUGGAUAGCGUCAUCUAACCCGCUAACGGCUCGACCACUACAAAUGGCGAGCCAGUCCUUCUCUAGUUGGCUCUCUUGAGCCGGCUAUCAUUUCAUCCUGGUGUUUUUUAACACCACCC